CAGAAGCCCUAAUUCGUAAUAUACAAUAAAUAUAUUUAAAUAUUAUAAAUAAACAAUACAUUUUUAAGCGAACAUAAGGUAUAAACGAACCACCUGUUGCUAUCUCGAACACAUCGAACAGUGAUUCGAUUUUUAAAAGUCACUCCGGGCAAUAAAUAGAGCGUUUUUGCAGGCCGAUUAGCAUUAUUAACAUUUUGCAAGUCUACCGGAGCAGCCGAAUAUUUUGGAGCUCCUCGAUCUGAUAAAAAGGAACUAGUGAUAUCAUUGUGACCUCUGGAAUGGCGACUAAGAAACUGGAUGCCAUUAUCUUUGGAGCCACUGGCUUCACUGGCAAGUACACAGUCCUGGAGGCAGUGAGCGUGCUCAAGGGUCUGACAUGGGGUGUGGCCGGACGCAAUCCGGAGAAACUGAAGGCGGUGCUCCAAGAGAUUGGUGCAAAGUCCAAAACAGACCUCUCCCAAACUCCCGUCGUCAUCGCAGAUGUUAAUAACGAAUCCUCAUUGCUGGAGAUGGCCAAGCGUUGUCGGGUGGUGGUCAAUACGGCGGGACCGUACCGCUUCUUUGGCGAAAAUGUCGUUAAGGCCUGCCUCGAGGCAGGAACGCAUCACGUGGAUGUAAGUGGAGAACCCCAGUACAUGGAGCAAAUGCAGCUGCGAUACAACGAUCUUGCCAAGGAACGCGGAGUUUACAUAAUCAGCGCUUGUGGGUUCGAUUCCAUUCCUGCAGACAUGGGAGUUACCUUCAUCGAGAAGAAUUUCGAUGGCGUCGUUAACUCCGUUGAAAACUUUGUUUACAUGGGCGUCAAAGGAGGCGCCAAGGGAACUGGAAGCGCUGCUUUGAACACUGGAACUUGGGAAAGUGCCAUAUUUGCCAUCGCCAACAGAAGUGAAAGCUUGGCCAUCCGCAGGAAGUUGUUUCCGGAACGCCUACCAAAGUUCCAGCCCGCGCUAAAGAAUCGUUCUCCUCUAUCCCGAGCUUCCGAGGUGGACAACAAGGUUAUCCUGCCAUUCCCAGAAACUGAUCGGUCUGUGGUCUACCGCUCGCAAAGGUUCCUUUACGAACAAGAGAAGAAGCGUCCCGUUCAGAUGCAGGCCUACAUGACGUACCCCUCCUGGUUCGCCGGCAGCGUGGUAGUCCUCUUUGCCAUGGUGAUUGGCAUAAUGAGCAAGUUCGCUUACGGCCGACAACUGCUCCUAAAGUAUCCCCGCAUCUUCUCCGGUGGCAUGGCUUCGCCGGAAGGCCCCAGCGAGGAGCGCAUGGAGCGUUCGUUCUUCAGGAUGACCAUGAAGGCCACCGGCUGGCCGUCAUCCGAGAAAUUGGCUGAAAGCACGGAUCAGUAUAGCACACCGCCAUCGAAGACCUUGACCGUGAAAGUGACUGGUCCCAAUCCGGGCUACGGAUCCACCUGUGUGGCCCUGUUGUCUACGGCGAAGACCAUUCUGAACGAGAGUGACAAAAUGCCUGGACCUGGAGGAGUCCUGCCCCCAGGAGCCGCCUUCCGCAACACCAGUCUUAUUACCGAGCUGGGAAAGUACGAGCACGGCAUCAAGUUCGAGGUCGUGGGAAAUAGUAAACUGUAGAUGCAACUGUGGCAGCAAUGGGGUUAUAUUCGUAUCGGCUAUAUUCUUAUAUACUCUUUGUAUCACGCAAUAAACAAAAAAUAAUAGUUUAAA